AUGUGGUAUGACAAACUUUCUCAUCUUUUGCUAUCUCAUGGAUAUCAGCAAACCUCAUCUGAUUAUAGUUUAUUUUUCAAAUUUAUUGGUGAUCAAAUUUCUAUCCUUUUAGUCUAUGUUGACGACAUUGUUCUCACUGGUAAUUCCAUUUUUGAACUUGCUGCCAUUAAGUCUAUUUUGCACCAACACUUCCGAAUUAAAGACUUGGGCCCAUUAAAAUAUUUUUUGGGUAUUGAAGUUGCUCAAUCAGAGAAGGGAAUUUGCUUAUCUCAGAGAAAAUAUUGUCUUGAUCUUUUGGAGAAUUCUGGUUUAUUAGGUGCUAAACCUGCCUCUGUUCUAAUGGAUAGUACCACAAGACUAUAUCAAGACAAAAGUCCCAUGCUAUCCGACCCUUUUGUAUAUCGUCGUUUGGUUGGCCGUCUUAUCUAUCUCACCACCACUCGACCGGACAUCAUGUAUGCCACUCAACAAUUAAGUCAAUUCAUGGCAUCUCCUACUGAAUCUCAUCUUCAAGCUGCCAAGCAUGUGUUACGAUAUCUGAAAACUAGUCCCGACAAAGGACUUUUCUUUCCAAGGGAAUCAGAAAUUCAGCUUCUCGGCUUCAGUGACUCUGAUUGGGCUGGAUGUCCUGACACUUCUCCUAUCCGCCCACCAGUUUUAUAUUGUGAUAAUUAG